CCCGCACCGUCAAGCAGCAGAGCCACAACUACUCUGUCUGAAAAGAGAAACAUAUACUGAACCUGCGAUCAACAACUAAGAAGAUUUCUGCUUUGCUUUGUCUUCUUCAAGUGUGAAUCUCCACUGCUUAUCCAACUAUCGUCCAAUUCAACCCCGGUAACAGUUUGCUUAGACCAUCGGGAGAAGCCUACUAAAGGGCCAACAUGGCUGCCCAGGCAAUCUCUGAAACUGCCCGGAAAAUUGUCACACCUGAAACCCUGCGGAAUGCAGCCAAACAAUCCCAACGCUGCCUUGUCGUCCCCGUGCGUCUCCGUCGUGCCAUCAAAAAAUACUUGCGAGAGGAGGAGGAGCCACAUAUGAAGAAGAAAGUCUUAAGACUGUCUCAAUCGUUCAAUCAAAUCAAGGAUGUCAACCUUCAGCUGACCACAUCCACAUCAAAGGAGCUAGUUGAAGAUCCUUUCAAGUCUGUUGUACAAUCUAAGCGUUGGAAGAUUAAGAGCUCGUAUGGCGACAUUGGUCUCACGUAUAGAGAUGAUGAGACGAUUGCUUAUGUCGCAUCCCGGAUGCCUGCUGUUUACUCUGCAUGUUAUAGAGUACUGAAAGAGGUUCGCAGGAGACUUCCUGGUUUCUCCCCAGCUAAGGUAUUAGAUUUUGGUGCUGGAACAGGAUCAGCUUUCUGGGCACUGCGUGAAGUCUGGCCAAAGUCUUUAGAGAAAGUUAAUUUAAUAGAACCAUCACAGUCAAUGCAGCGUGCAGGCCAGAGACUGAUACAAGGUCAGAAGAAUUUGCCACUUAUUCAUAGCUAUGAUAGUAUUCAAGCACUUUCAAAAAAUAUUGGUAAAUCUGAGAGAAAGCAUGACCUUGUAAUUGCAUCCUACGUACUUGGGGAGAUACCAUCACUAAAGGAUCGAAUUACCAUGGUUCGCCAACUUUGGGAUCUAACACAGGAUGUUCUGGUUUUGGUUGAACCUGGCACACCUCACGGAUCUAAUAUUAUAGCUCAGAUGAGAUCUCAUAUACUAUGGAUGGAAAAAAGGAAAUUCCGUAAAAUUGCCCAUGGGAACAUUGGAGAUUGUAAAGACUUGAUCACUCAGAAAACUGGGGCUUUUGUUGUUGCUCCUUGUCCUCAUGAUGGCCCUUGUCCUCUGGUAAAAACUGGAAAAUACUGUCAUUUUGUUCAACGCUUGGAGAGGACAUCUUCACAGCGUGCAUACAAGCGUUCCAAAGGUGAGCCCUUGCGAGGAUUUGAAGAUGAGAAGUUUUCUUAUGUUGCUUUCAGACGAGGGCAAAGACCAAUGGAACCUUGGCCUCUUGAUGGCAUGCGAUUUGAGACCUUAAAGGAGCAGCAGGCCAAAAGAAAUCCGGAGGAUCUUGAAAUUGACUAUGAGGACUUGUUGAAGUUACAAGAACCUGGUGAUUCUGCUUAUGAAGAAAAGGAUUUGGUUGCUUAUGAUUCUGACGUUGUCGAAACAGAGGGUGCUGAUGACAAUGAAGAGGAUGGGGAGGGAGAGGAAGAUGGGGUUGGUGCUGCUGAUCUGGGUGGUGGCUGGGGAAGAAUAGUUUUUAUGCCUGUUAGGAGGGGUAGACAGGUAGCUAUGAAUGUUUGUAGAUCCACCAACAGGGAUGCAUCAGAGGGUUCUUUUGAUCGUAUUGUUGUUACACAGAGCAAAAAUCCUACAUUGCAUCAUCAAGCCAAAAGAUCCAUCUGGGGUGACCUGUGGCCCUGUUAAAGCGAAGCAAUUUUGGGUGCAAAAUGGUAAAAUUCUCUUUCUUCUGGGCCGGACCACCCUGCUAGCCAUUUUUUAUUUUGGUGUGCUUGGUCAGACCCAAAAGGCCCAAGGAACCCCAUUACAAAGAUGGGAGCUCUUUUAUUCUAUACCUCUCGUCCUUCUUUUUAGCCAACUUGGCAUGUGUUGGAAGGGUGGUGCCAACAAUUAGAUUAUGUUGGGGGGAAUUUUUCAAUUUUUUGAAAAUGUAAGAUUUCUUCGGAAAAUAAGUUUUCUGUAUUUUGAUGGCUUGGUCAAGCUGAAAUUCAUCCUAUUGGUGGUGUUUUAUGUUCAGGGUAGGAUACAUUAUUUUUAUAUAUCAUAUAAAUUGAUCUGCUGGAAGUUUAAAUGCUGAAGGUAGAUAUUUAUUUUUGGCAUACGAGUGAAGAAUGAUAUAGUUAAUGAUUGCAAUUGUAUCUGUUUUCUCAGAACAUUUAUCUAUCAUCUCCAAAUAAAGUUUCAGUAUGAACCAUUUA